AUGGAUUUCUCUAAGCCCACAGCAAGUGAAGCCUCUGUGGAUCUCAAGCCAGGGUUCAAGUUUAAACCUACUGAAGAGGAGAUCGUGACAUGCUACCUUCGUCCUCGUGCAGUGAAUGAACCACUCCCCUCAACGUUCAUUGUUGAUUUGGUUAUCCUAAGCUGCAACCCUUGGGACCUAGUACCAGUGGGAUCUGUGGAGAAAUACUUCUUUUGUCAAAGAGUACAAAGAUGGCCACAUGGAAACCGGUACAAUCGUGCAGCAGGUGAUGGACACUGGAGGGCAUCGGGUAAGGACGUGCCCAUCUUUAGCAAUAUCAUCAAUGGUGGAAUGCCUUUGAUGGUUGGGCUAAGGAAAACACUGGUGUUCUACCUUGUCAAGGCAGCAGCUGGUGAGAACACAGAAUGGGUCAUGCAUGAAUAUAGCCUUGUUCAAGCCGGCCUCACACCCUAUCCAGUGAUUAGUCCCAGUGGAACCAACAACCUAGGAGAAUACAGCCGUUAUGCAGUGGCAAUCACAAAGAAAAAGGAUAAUCUCUCUAAAGCUCUCUCCAAUGCUACUACAAGUGUUCCCAAGGUUGUUCCUGUCAUGACGAUUAAUUCAGAUGACUCCUGGGUUGUCUGUCGCAUCUUCAAGAAGAAGAAGAAGCAUGCACUACGUGCCACUGCCCAGCGUUACAACAUUGCAGAUGGAGGGCAGGUCCGCUUCUUCAACUUCCUUGGGAAGGGUAAUUUAGAGGGAACUUCUAGCUCAGGCAGCCUCACCGACCUACCAAUAGAGAAGGCAAAGGAUAAUAAUGAGGGCUAUUUCAAUGGGUUAGCUGGAGCAGUUGUGGACUUAGCCUUCUUCGACUUUGUCGGUGGGUCAGCUGGAGCAGUUGUGGACUUAGGCUGCUCCGGCGCUGCAUCAGUCUCCUUUGAAGCACCUUUUUCUAUAGUAGUGCCACUGUUCAGCUUGUCAACAGUGACACUCUUAGAGGCACUACUCUUCGCCUUCUCAUCACCUAUCACAAAGUCCUUUAGAUUGCUUCUGGAGCUCACAGGCAGCGGAGGUCUUGAUAACUUUGGAGAAGAGAGCACCUUUGGUGAUACUGAUACUAUAAUCUGUCCUCUCCUCCAUUGGACCCUCUUGUAUAGAGCCUAUCCAAGAGUUCUUACCUCAGGACUUGGGGACGGACUCAACGGUCUAUCCUCAUGUUUCGGAUGUACAUAG